CGCCAAAACUUGUAUUUCACUAAUUAAAUCCCCAAAUUUGAAGGCAUAAAGCUUCCUUCAAUCACAUUUCCAUGGCUUCACAAAAUGCAUCUGUUGCUCUUCUCCUCGCACUAGCUCUUCUCGUCCAAGCCGCUUUUGGAAACAUUGAGUGCGAGAAUUUGGAGAAGGAGUCGUGCGCGUACGCGGUGUCGUCGACAGGGAAGCGGUGCGUCCUUGAGAAGCAGGUGCGGCGGAGCGGGGCGGAGGAGUACGCGUGCACGGCGUCGGAUAUCGACGCCGACAAGGUGAAGAACUGGAUCGAGAGCGACGAGUGCAUCGAAGCGUGCGGCCUCGACAGAUCGGAGCUCGGAAUCUCCUCCGAUUCACUACUGGAAGCGCGAUUCGCUAAGCAGCUCUGCUCCAACCGCUGCUACGACAACUGCCCCAACAUAGUUGAUCUCUACUUCAAUCUCGCCGCCGGAGAAGGGGUGUAUCUGCCCAAAUUCUGUGAGGCGCGAGGAGCGAAUGCGCGCCGAGAAAUGGCGGAGAUAAAAAGCUCGGGAUAUGCUGAAUCGCCCAUAGAUGACAACUCUGCUACCUUCUUUGGCUCCCCAGCAUUGCCUCCCACGGACUACUAAAUUUCUUCCCAAAUAAACAUACAUAUCAUAGUGAUGAAUACAUUUUCAAAUAUUUUAUACUACUCGUAUUUUGUUAAAUUAGCAACGUUGGCUCCUAAAAAUUGAAUGAAACUCUAAACAUAUUACCACGUAGGUGGUGUGUUUAGCCAUUUACAAUUACAAAA